AUGAGCCAGUUCAGCUUCGGGGCGGCCGCGCCCGGCGGCGCCUUCGGCCUGGGCGCGCCCCGCGCCGCCGCCACCGCGGCCGCCGCCGGCUUCUCCUUCUCCGCGCCCGCCUCCACCGGCUUCAGCUUCGGCAGCGCCGCGCCGGCGGCGGGCGGCGGCCAGCCCGCCGGGCUCUUCUCCUUCAGCCGGCCGGGCACGGCCGCGCAGCCCGCGGGCUUCAGCUUCGGCUCGGCCGGCGCGGCCCCCGCGGCCCCGGCGGCCGCCGCCUUCCCGCUGGGGGCAAACACACCAAAAGUGAACUUUGGAGCCAGCACCACCACUCCAGCUCCUGGGAUCACGGGGGGCUUCUCUUUUGCUGCCCCUGUGGCAACCAGCACGCCGUCGAGUCAGGCAGCAGCCCCGUCUGGCUUUGCCUUUGGCUCAGGAGGCAGCAGCAGCAGCAGCACGGCUCCGUCUGGGACAACAGGAGGCUUCACCUUCUCCAGUGGCACCACGACUCAGGCGGGGACGGCCGGGUUCAGCAUCGGCACCGCGGCUCCGCAGGCGACGUCCGCAGGGCUGAGCUUUGGCACGGCCCCUGCGGCUGCUGCCAGCACCAGCACGGCCACCCUGGCAGCUGCCAGCCCGGCAGCAGCGCCCUUCAGCCUCGGGGGGCAGCCCACAGGUCUGACCUUUGCACUGCCUUCAACAGCAGCCACCAGUACAACCACAGCAACAACGACCACAAGCACCAGCCAGGCACCCAUCCUGUCCUUUGGAACCAAGCUUGGAGUCACAUCCACAGCUGCCAGCACGGCCUCCACCACCAGCACCACCUCAGUGCUGGGCUCCACGGGGCCCUCCUUGUUUGCAUCUGUGGCAACUUCCUCAGCCCCAGCCUCCUCCAGCACCUCGGGCCUCUCACUGGGUGCCACUUCCACUGGUUCCACUGGGACAGCCAGUCUGGGGACACUUGGCUUUGGAUUACUCAAGGGAGACAGAGCUUGGGAGUCCCCUCAUGUGGGUGCUGGAGCCUCCCUGGGUGCUGUUCCCAGUCUCUGCCAGCCUGGGCUGCAGCUGUGGCAGCUGAUGCUGAUGGCCCACAGCUGGUGUGACUGUGAGCAGGCCCUCCAAGUUGGCUUUGACCAUUCUGAUCUUGGUUCCUGUGUGCUCUGCAGCUACAAACUGGCUGAAAACAUCGAUGCUCAGCUGAAGCGCAUGGCACAAGAUCUGAAGGACAUUAUUGAUCACUUGAAUACAUCAGGAGGCCCAGCAGACUCGAGUGACCCGCUUCAGCAGAUCUGUAAAAUUCUGAAUGCACACAUGGAUUCCCUGCAGUGGAUUGACCAGAAUUCAGCUGUGCUGCAGAGGAAGGUGGAAGAGGUGACCAAGGUUUGUGAGAGUCGCCGCAAGGAGCAGGAGCGCAGCUUUCGGAUCACCUUUGAUUGAGACAUUCCCAAGUUCAAAGGAUGAACGUAAAACCUCCACAGAAAACAGAGGUGUUUGGGAGCUGAGGACUGAAAUAAUGACCUGGUUUUGUUUCUUUUUUUACAAUAAAAUGUGCUGUUUGUUCAAAGCCA